UCUGUAUUCUAAAAAAGAUCAAAAAGGACCAAAACAGUAGUGUCCCUCUGCCUGGAAACAACAUCGGCGUCGUUUCCGCACAAAUGCAUUAAGAGAGUCCAACGUAGACCAAAAUCCUUGUUGGAUUCAAAUUCAAUGACCCCCCUUAUACCCAACACCGCAAACCCUUCAAAAACAGAACCGCCUGAUUUGAUGUCGCACAAUUGAACGAGAAGAAGAAGACCCAACUCUGUUGGUCGGGUGGUUUUGGUUGCUUCUAGAAGAAGACAUGGAUCUUGGAGAACCCAAACACCAUCCCCGCUUGAUAGGGGACUACAUACUGGGUCCGAGAAUCGGGUCGGGUUCCUUCGCCGUGGUCUGGCGGUCCAGGCACCGCUACUCGGGUGCAGAGGUCGCUGUCAAAGAGAUUAACAUGAAACAACUUUGCCCAAAAGUCAGUAACAAUUUGCGCAAAGAGAUUUCCAUUCUCGGCACCAUCAAUAGCCCAAACAUCAUUCGCCUUUUCGAGUCCUUCGAGAUUGAUGAUAUAAUUUACCUUGUUUUGGAGUAUUGCGAUGGUGGUGACCUAGCGGCCUACAUUCAUCGCUACGGCAAAGUUUCCGAGGCCGUUGCGAGAUACUUUAUGAGGCAAUUGGCCGCAGGAUUGCAAGUACUUCAAGAAAAUCACCUGAUCCACAGAGAUUUGAAGCCGCAGAAUUUGCUCUUGUCAACUAGGGAAGGGACUCCACUUUUGAAGAUUGGUGAUUUUGGUUUUGCAAGGUCCCUGUUGCCCCAAGGCUUGGCAGACACCCUAUGUGGUUCACCAUUAUACAUGGCUCCAGAGAUUAUUCUGAACCAGAAGUAUGAUGCAAAGGCUGACUUAUGGAGUGUUGGGGCAAUAUUUUUCGAGCUGGUGACUGGGAAGCCACCAUUCCAUGGCAAUAGUCAAUUUCAGCUUUUUCAGAACAUUUUAACCUCGACUGAGCUGCGGUUUCCGCAAGGUGCUUUGGAAGAACUACAUCCAGAUUGUGUGGAUCUUUGCAGGAGCCUAUUACGUAAAAACCCAGUUGAGCGAAUAACAUUCAAGGACUUCUUCAAUCACAGGUUCCUAGGGGAGUACAGGCCAGCUACACUUCCACCAAUAAAAUCAAUGAUUGGGAUUUUCAGUUCUACUGCCUCUGAUGAGAGAUUGCAAUUAAAUUCUGGGUAUCCCAUGAAGUUAUCUAGCAGAAACUCAGCAAUAACUACUACAUCUGUACAUCAGAACAUACAAAAGCAAGGGAAAGAUUGUGUCAAUACAUCCAUCACUAAGAGUGUUCAUGGGUUUACACCAAAUAUUGCAAGUGGUAGGCUGAGGAAAUCUGUUGAUGGUGGUGCAUGUUCAUCAGAGCAGCUUCAAGUUUCUGAUUCGAUGGAGUCUAUUGAGAAAGGUUAUGUCUUAGUCAAUGCUCAUUUUGCUUCAAUGGAGGCUUUCUCUUAUUACCUUGGGACUUCCCUGCAAGAUAAAUCCACCACCAGAGUUUCUGUCUGUCCUUCAAGGAAAAAUGACUGGGAUUUAGGUGUUGCAAUGCCAACAAUGGAGCUGGCUGAUAGUUCUCUGGGUUGUCCAGCAAGUGCACAAAGCCAUGGAUCAAAUCUCUUGGUGGCACCAAGUGCAUCAUCUAUAUUAAGGGAAGUGCAAGGACUAACCAUAUUGAAUCAUUCGACUAGACUCCACUUGUUACAUCAGUAUGUUCAGGCUCUUGGAGAACUAUCACUAGAAAAGUAUAAUGCAGGACUUUUUCAAGAAUCAUUAUCAGUUGAACUAGUAGUUUUGGCUCUAUGGAAGAAAGCUCUUCAAAUUUGCAGCUCUUGGAUGGCCUCCACCGCAGAAGGUGAAUUACCUGCAAGCAGUUCCACUAAUGAGCCCAUACCUUCUUCAGAAGCUGCAGGUUUGUCACCAAACACAGAAAACCAUAUAGAUUUUAGCAGGCCUUCAUCUGUUUCCUCGUGGGCAGAACAAGGGUUUAUUGCUGCAUUUGAUCGGGCAGAGAAGGCAUCGGAUCAUGUCAGUCACAUGGAUGGCGGUGCCGAGAUGCCAGACGCAAUGGAAAUCAUAUACCGAGAAGCACUUGCUGUUGGGACUAAUGGUGCUGUUGACGAGUAUAUGGAGAACAAGGGUAGCGCAGCAGCAUCCUACUCUAAAGCAAUGCUUCUGCUUUCAUUUAUUGUAGGAGAAGCAACAUCCCUGCCACUGAAUCCACCUUUUUCACUAACUCCUGCUAACAAGAAGCGAAUUGAGCUUUACAUUAUCAACUUGCAAUCCCGUCUGACUCACUUCCUGAUGCCACAGCCUUCUCCUCCCGAGUAAAAGAUAUUACUGGCUCUAUACAGCAGUCAUUAGAAAACCAGCUUUAAUGGAUAUCUGAUUACUGGAGCAGCACAGUCAGCUGCAACUGUACAAAUUUUUUAACUCUUUUUUUCUUUGGGGACUAGAUGACGGAAAUACUUGACAGGUGUCUAAUGUACAGGGAAGCAUAUAUAAUUGAUUGUCGGCCAUCUAGAACGGGAGGGGAGGAUGGCCUCCAUUGCCUGAGCUUGUGUAAAUAAUAUUUUAUCUA